AUGAUUUUCUCUCGAUUAGUCAGGGUUGCCGCCACAUCUCUGUCAUCCAUCGUUGCCCCUUCCGGUUCGUCUCCUCGUAAUGCCUCUUUCAGCUCCGCCGCAGUGCCGAACCGCUACUUUUACAGUCCAACGAAUCGAUCGGGUACCGAGUUAUACCGCCGAAUUUCGCCGGUGGGAGAUCUUAGGAUCCCCAGCAUUUGGAUUCUCAAUAGCUGGAUACAGGAAGGAAGAUCCGUUACGAAAGACCAACUCGUUUCUUACAUUAAAGAACAUCGCUGCUACGGCCGCCACUAUCUCGCCCUCAAGAUUUCAAAGUGGAUGACAGACAAAAUGCACCUCGACCUCACAUCAGAAGAUGCUGCUAUGAGACUGGAGUUGAUAGCAAAGGUCCAAGGGAUAGAAAAAGCAGAGCGGUAUUUCUAUAGGCUGCCGCAACAACUCAAGGGGAUCGAUACUUAUGGAGCACUUCUAAGCUCUUACGGUCAUGUUCAAGCUGUGGAGAAAGCCGAGGGGCUCAUAACAAAGAACAAGGAUAUGAAAGCUUAUUAUUGCCUCAUCACCAACUAUGCUGCCAUGGGGGAGAAAUCUAGAGUCUUGGGGGUUUGGGAACUUCUCAAAAAGAAUGGCAAGGUUCUCAAUAAGGGAUAUAUGAAUGUGAUAAGUUCUCUACUGAAAUUGGAAGAUUUUGAGACUGCGGAGAAGAUAUUUGAUGAGUGGGAAUCCCGGAAUUUGUCUUAUGAUGUCCGUAUUCCCAACAUUUUGAUUCGUGCUUACUCGACAAGUGCUCUCCUGGAAAAGGCAGAGACAAUGGUCGACAGGGUAAUAAAUCAUAGUAUCCUGCCCCAUGCACAUUCUUGGCUUAACCUGGCAAUAGGUUACCUCAAUCAUGGUCAAACUGAGAAAGCCAUGGAAACCAUAAAGAGAGCUGUGAACGGUUCUAAGUCGGGUUGGAGGCCCAACCCUAGGGUUUUGGAAGACUUUCUGGAGCUGUUAGCGCGGAGAGGGGAUUGCUUGGAGGAAGUAGGACAACUGAUCAAGUCACUGGCUGACAACGAUGUUGUACCCUUGUCAGUUAGAUUCAGGUUUUCGGGGAAUCUUCGCGUGUGGUCGUUAGAUCAUGAGUUUGAUGGACAUGCCAACGGGUCGGGUUUUGCCAAAAUCAUAUCCAAACUCAUGAGUUUAUCUGUGAAAAAAAAAACUCGGGGUAAGACCCACUGUGUUUGA